CUUUUCAGACACAAGCAUGAAUUCGAAUCCGGUCGUACCUCUUCUGUUGGUAACGACAUACUUGGUUUUGACGUACACGGCGAGGUAGUUAAUAAACCUGAUCCACACAAUAACAAACUCGAUUGGGUUCAGAUAAGCAGGAAAUGCAGCAAACUGAUUACUUUUAUUGACUUGGCCGGACACGAGAAGUACUUAAAAACUACGAUAUUUGGAAUGACGGGGCAUAUGCCUGACUAUACAAUGCUUAUGGUUGGAGCAAAUAUGGGUAUUAUUGGGACUACGAAAGAGCACCUUUCACUUGCACUUUCACUCUCUGUUCCAGUGUUUAUCGUCGUCACCAAGAUAGACAUGUGUCCACCACAAAUUUUGGAAGAAACGAUGAAAAAUAUUGGCCGAUUAGUUAAAAGCGCUGGGGCUCGAAAACUUCCCGUAAUGGUCCGUAAUACAAAUGAUGUCAUCCAUGCGGCUGUAAAUUUUCCGAGCAAACGGGUGUGUCCAAUAUUCCAAGUAUCCAAUGUUGAGGGAACAAAUCUCGACCUCCUUCGACAGUUCCUAAACAUUGUCCCGUUACGCCGAACUCUAUGUGAACAUGAUCCUGCGCACUUCCAAAUUGACGACGUAUAUUGGGUAGAGGGAGUUGGAACGGUCGUUUCUGGGACUGUAUUGGCAGGAAAUAUUAAAGUCGGCGAUACACUUCUCCUUGGGCCGAAUUCUGUUGGAGAAUUUGUCCCAUUGCCAGUGAAGUCCAUUCAUCGAAAACGCAUGCCAGUUUCUAGUGUUCGAUGUAGCCAGACCGCAUCAUUCGCACUAAGAAAAAUCACAAAACGUGAAGUAAGGAAAGGAAUGGUCAUGGUGGAUCCUCGUUUAAACCCUGUUUCCAGCAUGAUGUUUGAAGCCGAGAUUUUGAUAUUGCAUCAUCCAACUACUAUCAAGCCUAAUUAUCAGGCAAUGUUGCAUAUUGGAUCUAUUAGGCAGACCGCGACACUGGUUAGCAUGACAAAGGAAGUUUUGCGCACUGGAGAUCGUGAUCGUGUAACGUUCAGAUUUAUUCGUCUGCCUGAGUAUAUUCGAACAGGCACUCGUAUGGUGUUUCGCGAAGGACGUACGAAAGCCGUUGGAACAGUGGUGAAUGUUAUACCACAGACAACGCUAGCUCAACAAAGGGCAAAGCUUAAGGACAAAACCAACCGAACAUGUAUGUUUCGUAACGUUCUUUUCAGAGAGAAGUUUCGUUUUUAG